GUUUCUUACAACAAUGAACCUUGAUGACAUUUACAACUGGUAUCAACUAUCCAUCCACCAUUAGGAUUCUCCAACAUCCCUAGAACUACCCAGGAAAACAACAGGAAUCACAACCACGAACUGUGCAAUCUUACAAGCCUCUUGAACCAAAAGCCUAAUUUCACAUCAUUAUCAAAGCCACUGCAGAGUACAUCAAAGAGAAAAUGCUCAAUGGAAAUGUAACAUCCAAUAAUAUCUUAAGGGAGUCAAUAUGAAGGAGUUGGGAGCAUUUACCAUGGAAGUCAUUUCUGAUUAUGUGAAACCUCUCCAACAUUCAGGAUUCAAUAUGACUCAAGACCUAGCCAUUCAGAGAGCAGACAGAAAACAUGUCCAUUAAAUCAGGUACAUCGCUCUCAAUAUUUAUGUAUAGACCUUGCUUUGUCCCUGACAAUGCCUUCAAAUACUUCUUGGCUCGUUACCCAGGCAAAGAGGAAAUCACCAAACCUUUGAGUCAGCAUUCGAUCUAUCAGAAAGGAUUCGGUAUGAACUUCUGUAACGCUGGUCCAAUUGCAGCAUCAAGGUUUGUAAAUUUUAAUUGUAAUUCAGCUAUCUAGGCAAAGAUGUUGUGUAAUCAGUUCACACUUCGUUGAUUAAAGCCAUUCAUGAUCUAACCAGACUCGGACAUGAUCUCAAUAUUGAUUUUGGAUUCAUCAAGAUUUCCGUAUAAAAUAGAGACUUAAAAUAUAAAUACGAUCAAUCAUUCAUUCAAAGACUCAACUAAACAGAUUAUGAAUUAAAAGUAAAUUAUCUAUCACUAUUCGAGAUGCGCAAAUCUGAUUUAGGAACAUCACAACAUUGGACAACCACCUAUUAAGAGAAGUGGUCAAAGAGCACGUAAAAUCCCUUAUUAAUUAUCUAAUAGCUUAAAUCAUUUGUUGACUAGACCAAAUCCAAACCAAGUCCAAGAAAACUAUGAGAAAUCUAUGGCCUUGAAGAUUAUGUCAUUGGAUUUGAAUACGGCUGAACAAACCAAUUAUAGCAAAAAGCAAAAAGUCUAAUUACCAACACUUAAUAAAUGAAAUGUCUUUUAUUA